AAAAAAAAACACACCAAAACAGAAACAAGUAAUUUUGCAAGUUACCGCAAAAACCGGAUAAAUUACUUUGUUUUCCACACACAAAAUUUUCACAAAUUAAAAAAGAAAAAAUGGCUUUCGAAUUACGCACUCCCGUCAAUGGUUCAAUGCUACGUAAUUUCAUUGGAAAAACAGUCAGUUUAUUUGUUAAAAUCGAAUCGGAAAGUAACAGUUCAACAAUUCGAGUAAAAACUACCGACGAUCAGGAAGUGCGAGUCACUUUAUCCGAGCCAAUCAGUGCACGUUCAUCAGAUUGGGUUGAGAUUAUUGGAACACCAGCUGGACCUGAUGCUAUUCGUGCAAGAGAAGUUAUUUUAUUUGGAGGCAAUCAAGAUUUGGAUGUGGAAGGCUACAAUAUGAUGGUACAAUUCUGGAAUCAUAGCAAAGAUAUUUAUCGGCAAGGAUAGAUUCCUUCCAUUAAAUUAAAA